AUGAUGCCCGCCGGCCGCCUGCCUUGCCUGCCCACCCUGCUGUCGCUGGCAGCCCUGCUGCUCUCUCUGCUCCUCAGCUGUUCCUUCGCCUUAUCACCACCCAGGUUCACAAAAGUUCCUGGUGACAUGAUUGGUGUCUCCGGGGGUGCAGUGUCCUUCGUGUGCCAAGCUAUGGGAGACCCCAAACCAAGAGUAACAUGGAACAAAAAAGGAAAGAGGGUCAACUCACAGCGCAUUGAGACGAUCGAGUUUGACGAAGGCGCAGGAGCGGUUUUGCGCAUUCAGCCUUUGAGGGCGCCCCGAGACGAAAACACCUAUGAGUGCGUGGCUGAGAACAGCGAGGGCGAAAUCAGCGUCCAGGCCAAACUGUCCAUCAUCAGAGAGGACCUGCUUCCCCCAGGCUUUCCCAACAUUGACAUGGGUCCUCAGCUGAAGGUAGUGGAGCGCACUCGUACGGCCACCAUGCUCUGUGCCGCUAGUGGCAACCCUGACCCAGAAAUCACCUGGUUCAAAGACUUCCUGCCCAUAGACCCCGGCACAAGUAACGGACGAAUCAAACAGCUGCGAUCAGAAGCCUUUGAGGGCACCCCUAUCAAAGGUGCCCUGCAGAUUGAGAACACUGAGGAGACAGACCAAGGGAAGUAUGAGUGUGUGGCGUCUAAUGUGGAAGGCGUCCGCUACUCUUCCUCUGCCAACCUGUAUGUGAGAGAGCUUCGAGAAGUCCGCCGUGUGCCUCCUCGCUUCUCCAUUUUGCCCACCAGCCAUGAGAUUAUGCCGGGGGGCAGCGUCAAUAUCACUUGCGUGGCGGUGGGGUCACCCAUGCCUUACGUCAAGUGGAUGCUCAACUCAGAGGACCUGACCCCCGAAGACGAGAUGCCAGUGGGCCGCAACGUGCUGGAGCUCAACAGCGUGCGUGAGUCCGCCAACUACACCUGUGUGGCCAUGAGCAGCCUGGGCAUCAUCGAAGCAGUGGCACAAAUCAUCGUCAAGUCCUUGCCCAAACCUCCAGGUACCCCAGUGGUGACUGAGACCACAGCCACAAGUGUCACCAUAACCUGGGACAGUGGUAACCCUGAGCCUGUAUCUUAUUACAUCAUCCAGUAUCGUGCAAAGUCCCCCGAAAGCAAGUUUGAGACAGUGGACGGCAUUACAACCACUCGCUAUAGCAUAGGCGGCCUAUACCCCAACACCGAGUACGAGAUCCGCGUAUCAGCCGUCAACACCAUCGGCCAGGGUCCACCAAGUGAGCCCGUGGAGGCCCAGACAGGGGAACAGGCACCGGCCAGCCCUCCCCGAAACAUCCAGGCACGGAUCAUCUCCUUGAACACCAUGAUGGUCAGGUGGGAUGAGCCAGAGGAGCCUAAUGGGCAAAUUAAGGGGUACCGGGUAUACUACACCAUGGACCCAUCUCAGCCCAUGAGCCUGUGGCACAUACACAACGUGCAGGACAGCGUCAUCACCACCAUACCGAGUUUGGUGGCCUCUGAAACCUACACCAUACGCGUACUUGCCUUCACUUCGGUGGGAGACGGUCCCUUUUCCGACCCCAUCCACGUCAAAGUGCUUCAAGGAGUUCCUGGACAGCCAACAAAGUUCCAGAUUGGUGCUGUGUCUGACACAAGCAUCGAGCUGACCUGGGAGGCAGCUCAUGAGAAAGAGGGGAUCAUUAACUACGAGCUGCGAUAUAGAGAAGCAAACCAGGGGAACCAGGUAACAAAAACAUUCGGUCCCACAUCCUCCUAUGUAGUGGAGGGUCUUCGAGCCAACACAGAAUACUUCUUUUCUCUGGCCGCCAUCAGCGACAAAGGCAUCGGAGCCUUCACCAAUGAAAUCUCCCAAAGAACGGCCCAAGCCAAGCCCUCCGCCCCCCCUCAAGACAUUAAGUGCAGCAGCUCCAGCUCCACCACCCUGCUGGUAAGUUGGCGCCCCCCUCCUGCCGAGAGCCAAAACGGCGUCCUGGUGGGGUACAUAGUGCGCUACCAGGUGGUGGGAGCAGAGUCCGGAGCAGAGCCCUUGGAGGAGCCCCCGGUGCCACCCACAUCCGAGCAAAUCCUUCUACAGCGUCUGGAGAAAUGGACCCAGUACCGAGUGACGGUCGCAGCCUCCACCACCGUUGGGCCCGGACCCGAGAGCGAGCCCCUGCUCUGCCGCACAGACGAAGACGUGCCUGGGGCGCCCCCUCGGCGGGUGGAGGUGGAAGUGCUGAACUCUACUGCUCUCAAAGUGAUGUGGCGUUCCCUGUUGCCGGGGAAACAGCACGGGCAGAUCCGCGGGUAUCAGGUCCAUUACGUUCGCGUGGAGAACGGCGAAUCACGUGGGCUGCCUCUCAUCAAGGAUGUCAUGCUAGCUGACGCUCAGUGGGAGAAGGACGAUACUGCAGAAUAUGAGAUGGUCAUUGGAGGCCUGCAGCCUGACACAACAUACUCCAUCACUGUGGCCGCAUACACCACCAAAGGAGACGGUGCCCGCAGCAAGCCCAAACUGGUGGUAACCAAAGGAGCAGUACCUGGUCCUCCCUCUCUAACUGUGAGACAGGACUCAGAGAGCUCUGCGUUUGUGCGCUGGCAAGCCCCAGAGUCUCUGCCCCCCGGCCUGGAGGUCCAGGGUUAUCGGCUCCAGUUUGGUCGCAAGGACAUCAGCCCUCUGGCCACGCUCGAGUUCGGCCCUCAAGAGCAGGAGUACAGCGUCAACAACAUACACCGAGGCGCCACGUACGUCUUCAAAGUGUCAGCCAAAAGCCGUUCGGGCUUCGGAGAGGAAGCUACACAGGAGCUUGACGUUCCUGAAGAGGUCCCGCGUGGCUACCCUCAGAUUGUCGAGGGCUCAAACAUCACUUGCUGCUCGGUGCAGUUCGCCUGGUUACCUCCUGUCCUGGCCGAGCGAAACGGUGCCAUCACCGAAUACACGUUGGCGUACCAGGAGGCAGGAGCAACUGGCACUCCCCUUGAGCUCCGCCUACCGGCAAGCCAGUCAAGUUACACGCUCAACAGCCUCAAACCCAACUCCGUGUACGACGUGAAAAUACGUGCGCACACCAGUGUAGGUGCGGGGCCCUACAGCCCCCUGGUCCAGUAUCGAACAGUGGCCCUCGACACAGAUGUUCCUAAAAACUUCACGGUGAAGUUGGUUACCAAGACAACAGUACUUCUGACCUGGAAGUUUUCAGAGAGUAGGCUGCCGUACCUCUGUAUGAUUGAGAGCAAAGGUCAGAAGGUGAGCGUUGAUGCCCGGGCCACCAAAACUCUCAUCACCAACCUGAAGCCCAACACCACUUACGAAUUCCGCAUCAGCUGCCUAGAGAGCGGAGAUGGAGGGCCCCGGCACCGGGUGGUGGCCCGAACCGCUCCGGCCAUCCUGGUGAAGAAGCCAGAGUUGGACGUACAGCGGGAACCAGAAAACGUCCUCACCAUCAUCUUCCCCCCUCUGGAGACCAAAGAAAUGAUCAGGGCUGUGUAUGUAGUAGUGGUCCCACUGAAGAAGGGCAGGGUGGCAUUCAGACAGAAUAAGAACCCUGAUGAGAUGGACCUGGAGGAGCUGCUGAGAGACAUUAAUCUCAAACAGCGGCACACGAGAACUAUACGACAGCUCAGGCAGGUGGACCUGAGCAAGCCCUACAUUGCUGCCAGCUUUAAGCCCACUUCCAUGCCCUCGUCUUUCACCCUGGGAAACCAGAUGGUGUAUGGAGGUUAUAUGAACCAUGCCUUGGAACCCCAACAAGAGUAUGUCUUCUUCCUGCUGGCUGAGCUCAACAGCACUGAUGGGAAAAUGUUUGUGACAAGCCCGUACACAGAAGUGGCUGUGGCUCCGUACGUGGAUUCCGUACCUGUGGACACGCCCGGAGACGGGCUAAUUUGGGUGGUGGGGCCUGUACUGGCCGUGGUCUUCAUCAUCUGUAUCGUCAUCGCCAUCCUGUUGUACAAGAACAGCAAGCCUGACAGCAGCAAACGUAAGGAGUCAGAGCCUCGGACCAAAUGUCUGCUCAACAACGCAGAGAUCACCCCUCACCACCCAACAGACCCAGUGGAAAUGAGACGCAUCAACUUCCAAACUCCAGAUUCUGGUCUGAGCAGUCCUCUAAGUGAAGACGAUUUUCACUAUGAAAGCAUGAUGAACCAUCCCCCCAUCCCUAUUGCGGAGCUGGCUGAACAUACGGAGCUGCUGAAGGCCAAUGAUAACCUGAAGCUCUCCCAAGAGUACGAGUCUAUUGAUCCUGGCCAGCAGUUCACUUGGGAGCAUUCCAACUUGGAGGUCAAUAAGCCAAAAAAUCGCUAUGCAAACGUCAUUGCCUACGACCACUCCCGUGUCAUCCUGGCACCCAUCGAAGGUAUCGCAGGGAGCGACUACAUUAACGCCAACUACAUCGAUGGCUACCGAAAGCAGAACGCUUACAUUGCCACACAGGGUCCACUGCCCGAGACAUUCGGGGAUUUCUGGAGGAUGGUGUGGGAGCAGAGGGCUGCUACUGUGGUGAUGAUGACCCGUUUGGAGGAGAAGUCAAGGAUCAAGUGCGACCAGUACUGGCCAAGCCGCGGCACAGAGACUUACGGGAUGACCCAGGUUACACUGCUGGACACCAUUGAGCUCGCCACCUUCUGUGUCCGCACCUUCUCCCUGCACAAGAAUGGCUCCAGUGAAAAACGAGAGGUGCGUCAAUUCCAGUUCACGGCAUGGCCAGAUCACGGCGUUCCAGAGUAUCCGACCCCAUUCCUGGCUUUCCUGCGGAGGGUGAAGACUUGUAACCCUCCAGAUGCAGGGCCUAUCAUUGCUCACUGCAGUGCUGGUGUGGGCAGAACAGGUUGUUUCAUUGUCAUUGAUGCUAUGCUUGAGCGCAUCAAGCACGAGAAAACAGUGGAUAUCUACGGUCACGUGACGCUCAUGCGUUCGCAGAGGAACUACAUGGUACAGACAGAGGACCAGUACAGCUUCAUCCAUGACGCUCUGCUAGAGGCGGUCGCCUGUGGUAACACGGAGGUGGCUGCCCGCAGUCUCUACUCCUACAUUCAGAAACUAUCACAAGUGGAGAGCGGAGAACACGUCACCGGGAUGGAGCUCGAGUUUAAGCGGCUGGCUAACUCCAAAGCCCACACGUCCAGGUUCAUAAGUGCCAACCUGCCCUGUAACAAGUUUAAAAACCGCCUUGUUAACAUCAUGCCCUACGAGACAACAAGAGUGUGUCUGCAGCCUAUCCGAGGUCUGGAGGGCUCCGACUACAUCAACGCCAGCUUCAUCGAUGGCUACAGGCAACAGAAGGCCUACAUCGCAACACAGGGCCCACUAGCAGAGACCACAGAGGACUUUUGGAGGAUGUUGUGGGAGAAUAACUCCACCAUUGUGGUGAUGUUGACCAAACUGAGGGAGAUGGGUAGAGAAAAGUGUCACCAGUACUGGCCCGCGGAGCGCUCGGCCAGAUACCAGUACUUCGUGGUGGAUCCCAUGGCAGAAUAUAACAUGCCCCAGUACAUCCUGAGAGAAUUUAAAGUCACCGACGCCAGGGAUGGGCAGUCCCGAACUGUUCGACAGUUCCAGUUUACUGAUUGGCCGGAACAGGGUGUUCCCAAAUCCGGGGAGGGCUUUAUUGACUUUAUUGGGCAGGUCCACAAAACCAAGGAGCAGUUUGGUCAAGAUGGGCCCAUUUCUGUCCACUGCAGUGCUGGAGUAGGACGGACUGGAGUCUUCAUCACCCUCAGCAUUGUGUUGGAGAGAAUGCGCUAUGAGGGAGUGGUGGACAUUUUCCAAACAGUCAAAAUGCUGCGAACGCAGCGGCCUGCUAUGGUGCAGACAGAGGAUGAAUACCAGUUUUGCUACCAGGCAGCUCUGGAAUAUCUAGGAAGCUUUGAUCACUAUGCAACGUAAAAAGCCAUCUCCUCCCCCUACCCUGCACCCCCUCAGCAGCCUACUGAGCCAUACAAACUAGCUUGAAAAAUUGGGCCGAUGACAUCUAAAAUCAACAACAGGAAAAAGAAAAUCUAUAUGUAAACCAUCAACGGGAAUAUGAAAUCAAUCUUCGUCCCU